GAGGAAGCUACUGAAACACAGGAAGUGCAAGAGCAAAGAGGAAACCCAGAGUUGUCAUUAAUUUGGGGACAGUUACGAAGACAUGAAACCAGCGUUGAGAUCAGAAGAGGAAAAGGGACAAAGACGUAAGAGUAGCAUGGACAAGGUUUUCCUCAUUCUGAUUCUUGCAGGAGGAUUCUGGAAAACUGAAGCUGUAACUGUAGAAGGAGAGCUGGGUGGACAUGUCACGAUUACAUGCUCUCACAUUAAUGCACAUAGUAACGUCAAAUAUUUCUGCAAGGCGCCUUGUAAGAAUGAAGACGUCCUAAUAAAGAGCAACGAAAUCAGUAAAGGCAGAUACAGUAUCACAAAUGAAGGAAACACGUUCUACGUGACCAUCUCUCGUCUGAGAGAGAGCGACGCAGGAACCUACCAGUGUCGUAUAGAAAGAGUUGGUUGGGACACAUAUGAAGGAGUCAUCCUCACAGUCGUAAAGGGAAAAACAAAGGACACUGAAGAUGACUUUUCACAAUCAACUAGAGGUGAAGCAUUUACUGCAACUGCAACACGUCCUGCAUCUACUACAACUGCAACACGUCCUCCACUUACUACAAAUGUAGCACGUCCUAAUAAGUCAGAGUCUGGAGGGAAGCUGGUGUACAUCGGAGCAGGCCUCGGGGGGGCUGUGCUGGCUCUGGCGGUGGUGCUGCUGAUCUUCUACAAACAUCAAAAGAAAGAAAUCAGCACCACCUCUGGAACGCACGAGAACACUGACUACUAUGCAUCGCCGUCCAGUCUGAGUGGAAACGGCCACAACAGCAGGGUCCAAUCAGAUGACUUGUUUUACUCCACUAUCAACUUCAACACACACACAGACUGCGGAGGCGUCCCAUGUCGCCCUGCAGAGGUCACAUACUCCACCAUCACACACAUCCCAACGGAGGAAUCAGACUUGUAUUGUAACCUCUCUGUAGGGUCUGUAACAGGAAGUAAAGGAGAAGAUGACAACAUGGCAUGUGUCAACGAACCAGAGUGGCACACGGCAAUUACUGGAGACUCUGUUAGAAUCAACUGCACGUACCGUCCAACUGGAGAGAGCAGCGUCAAACACUUCUACCGAGAAAAUCCAGACUCUGGUGGGACAGAUUUGAUUUCAACGCACACUUCGCACAAGACUAUGAAAGACAGGUUUUCUUUGACAGACCAUAAAGAGCAGGGCGUCUACACUGUGAUGAUAUUCAGGUUGAGGCAGGAGGAUACUGGAAGAUACCGGUGUGCUAAGAGAACAGUUAAUGACAACUUCACAUGUUUGACUCUGAUCCAUCUCCAUAUCGUGGACACAAAUAAAACACCAAAAGGGACUCAUACCGAUGAAGCUGCACAAAUUGAAUGUCCCUACCCAGUCUCCCAUAAGAACAAUAUAAAAUACCUGUGCAAGGGGGAGAUUCCUCUCAACUGUGUGGAGUUAAUACAGACAACAAAAGGUGAAAUAAAUGGGGUUAAAGGCAAGUUCUCUAUACGGGACAACCAAAGAUUGAGUCACUUCACUGUGCACAUUCGAAAUCUGAGCAGAGCCGACUCUGGAACGUACUGGUGUGGCUCAGACAGAAAAUGGCACAAUGCUUCUUACACCAAAAUCAACCUUUUCAUAGACGAAAGACACAUCAAAACCAAAAAAUCUGGACCUCAGCAGACAACAGCAGCACCAUCUUCAACAACAACCCUCCAUGACCCAUCAUUCUCUGGCAGGAUUAUUGGCGCUACGGUAGCGUGUCUGGCGUUGUUGGUGACAGUUGGGAUCGUGCUGAUAGUGUUCAUACCUAAACUCUGCAGGACACAAGAGGGCUCCACAAUGCAGAGCGCAAAUGUUGGACGAAACUCAGAGGAAAAUCACAAUGAUCGAGUGUAUGAGGAUAUAAAGGAACUGAGCCAGGGGCCAAGCUCUGGAGAUCAAACUCUAUCUGCUUAUGCCUUCGUCGAGCUCCCUGCAGAGCAGCUCCACUAUGCCAGUGUCAGUUUCCAGCAGGAAGCUGUCACAGUCUCCACAGACAGAAAUCCACAUCCUGACACUGAUCAAAAUGUUUCCUUGGCCUGUGAAUACUCAUCUGUCAGAAUGACUCAGGAUGGCACCCAUCCUCCUACUCUCUACUCUACAGUCAAAAACCCUGAGGAACUUUCAUAGAGUCAGUGUUUUAAUGUUUAAGAUAUUUACAUUGGUAAAUGCAGUGGAGGAUUUACAUAUUUUGUGUGGAGAAACAUUCUGCAGCUUUUAUUUGAUUACAUCUUUGGCGACAUUUUUGAGUGAUGGACAAUGCUAUUUGGCACGUUUUAUAUAUCUGGUCUGCAUAUAAUAUUUACAAAAAUUACACAGUCUGUAAUUUUCAGCAAAGAUCUGUUUAUUGCAUAUUACUUCCUCAGCUUUACUUAAGGAGACCCACAGAUGUUGUACAGGGUACUACACAUAUUAUAACUUAGGUCAUCCUUCCAGUCAGAAAGUAUAUGCAGCAUUUUAUCCACAGGGUCACAGGAAUUACCACAGCAAAGAAGAAAGUUACUGGUUGUGGUUGUAUUGACUCAGAGUCAGCGGAUUGAUGCAUGCACAGAUCAUAAUGAAGGUUCGUAGACAUACAGUAUAUUGUAUCUUCGAUUCAACUCAUUUGACUUAUAGGAUGAAAGACUAUUAAUAAUUGAUUUGCAUCUAUCCUGUGUGAAAGAAUUAUAAUAUUAUCUGGGUAUUUUAAUGAUUUAUAAUUUAGACAUAGUUCUUGAUUUGCCCCAUCACUGAUUUAUUGGUAUCUAGUGUAAAGCAUUAUUGAAUAUUGUUUAAUGGAGUUUAAAUUGUCCAUAUUCACAUUUUUUGAGAGACUGAAAAAUCCCAGUUAUUUCAUGUUCAUCUUGCUUUGCUCUGCAGCGCCAUCGUGUGGCUGAUUCUGUGACCAGUGCAGCGGUUGGCUAUAUAGUGACUAUUUUCACAUUUAUUUAUCAGUUUCUCCUCGUGUUAAUUGUUGUUGUUGCAAAAGUUUAAAACAGUCAUUUCACACUGUGAAAAUUAAAUAAUCGUUGCUGCUAGUGUAAAUCGGAAAUUAAAAAAAUAAAAACACA